GCUGGGUUUUCAGUCGUCAGACGACAGCAUCCAACACAAGUCGCACAGUUGCGGAAUCCACAGAAGCUUCAUAGAAAAAACUAUCUUAGCAUCACUUCACUGAGCAAUCUUAGCUGAUCUUACACGAUGUUUGGCCAUCAACGGAUUAUGCUCUUCUGCUUCUGCUUGGUAUCCCUGCUCGUCGCUUCCCUGGCCCUGGAGGAGUCCACAGACAUAGAGGAGGAUGUGAUCAGCAUUGCUAACCAAACCCAGAAGGUGAUCCGUGUCCAUCCGCAUGACUUGCCACCCAAAAAGGACAGCACCGGCAGCCAAAUGAACUCGGCCUUCUUCCAGAUCCAGACCCUGAGACCAGGCAGUAGUUACGGGGCAGGAUCCGCUCCAGAAUCCGUAACCGACAACGGUAAACGCCAGUAUUUGGACUCAAAACAGAUGCGAAAGCGUCGACCCCGGCCCCCAGUGAAGGCAGUGGACCAGGUGAUGGCCACCAGUGGUGAAGAUGCGACGCUCCGAGCCUUGAAAUACGAACUAAAAGCCUUUCCCAAGCAGAAACUCAAGCAGCAGAAGCAGCUCAACUUGGACGCUAAGGGUGACGGUGUCCAGGUCCGUCUGUCCCUGGAUGGGAAUCAGGCGGAGUCCCGGUCUGUGCCCGUCCAGAUGACGCCGGGCCCCUAUCCCAUAUACUAUGUGCUGUCGAGGAGCAACGGUCGCUUUGGCAAGUUCCCCGUCAAGGCCUUCCGCUCGCCGGCCGAGUUCUCCAAGUAUCUGGUGAAGAGCAAGGCGGAGCCCAUUGGCAGGGAUCAGCGUUUUGAGUUAAUCGGUGCCCGGUGAUCCUCCUUUAAUCUCCUUAAACUAUAGUCAAAGCUUAACUCUAAUCGUAGAAAUAAUUAUAAAUUAUGAAUUAUAAACGCUAAUGGCCGCAAUAAACCCAUGUCUAAAUUUA